CGCUGCUCGCCUCCGCCUGUGUGACAGCGCGUGCGCGCUUGUGUGUGUGUGUAAACUGGUGGGAGAGGAGAAGAGGACCAGUGAGGCGGAGAGAGAGAGAGAGAGAGAGAGGAGGCAAGUGCAGGAGGAGGCGGAAGCUCGGCGCUGAAACGGGUCUCCACGUCAAUAAACAGCACGCAGCGGAUCAGGACUGCUGUGGCGUUGCGGUGGAAACAGAUUGAAGAAAACCACAGAGGAAGAAGCAGACAGCAAUCCAGGGCAGAAGAGGAGUUAGUCUGUUGUGCACGUGCCCUCAGACAUUGUGCCUGAGCAGCAGAGAGGCGGGGCUUCGUCGUAUUUGAGGGCAGACCGUUGUGACACAGCGAUGAUGGAAAACAGGAGGAUGGAGGCAGUGCUGCUGGUGUUGAUUCUGGGACAGCUUGCCACUGCGCUGGAGGUCCCAUUAGACCUGCCGCAGCCUCCGACAAUAACCCAACAGUCCCCAAAGGACCACAUCAUCGACCCGAGAGAGAAUAUUAGGAUUCACUGUGAAGCGAAAGGAAACCCUCAUCCCAGUUUUUCCUGGACAAAAGAUGGAAUCCACUUCGACACUGACAGUGACUCCAGUGUCACCAUGAAGCAAAACCAUGGGACUCUGGAGGUGGACAUCAGCAGAGCCAGGGCAGAAAACUAUGAGGGGGUGUACCAGUGCACGGCGAGGAACAGCCAUGGAACAGCUGUUUCCAACAACAUCGUUGUGAGACAGUCCAGAUCCCCCUUGUGGUCAAAGGACAAAAUAAGGCCAAUGGUGGUCCAGGAAGGCGUUUCCUUGGUGUUGCCGUGUCGACCUCCUGCAGGCCUUCCUCCUCCCAUCAUAUUCUGGAUGGAUAACAAUUUUCAGAAGCUGCCUCAGAGCAAGAGGGUGUCCCAGUCCCUAAACGGUGACCUGUACUUCUCCAAUGUCCUCCGAGAGGACACCAGGAAUGAUUACAUCUGCUACGCUCGCUUCACACACACACAAACCAUCCAGCAGAAACAGCCCAUCACCGUCAAGGUCCUCAACCUGGAUGCAAUCAAUGACACAAUGGCAGCUUUUUACAAUGACACAGAUUUAUUUAGUGAGGCCCCAGCGGAUGACAGGAAGCCAACCUUCCUCACCCCAUCUGGCCCCUCGAGCUCCAUGAUGGUGCUGAGAGGACACACACUGGAGAUGGAGUGUAUCGCUGAAGGGCUUCCAACCCCUGACAUAUCCUGGACCAAAGUCAGCGGAGAUCUUCCAGAACAGCGAGUAUCCUUCCAACACUUUAACAAGACCCUCCUGAUUAAGACUGUGUCUGAGUCCGAUGCGGGAGAGUACCGCUGCACAGCCAGGAACCCGCUUGGCUCCGUGCAUCAUACCAUCAGUGUCACAGUCAAAGCUGCCCCUUAUUGGAUCAUUGGCCCUCCAAAGAACCUUGUACUGGCUCCAGGAGAGGAUGGAGUUCUGACCUGCAGGGCCAGCGGUAUACCCAAACCCACCAUCACCUGGGCCAUGAAUGGCAUCCCCAUAGAGAAUUCACCUGAAGAUUUAAGCAGAAAAGUGGAGGACGACAUGAUUAUCUUCACUGGUGUCCAAACUGGAUCCAGUGCUGUGUACCAGUGUAACAUCUCCAACCAGUAUGGAUACCUUCUGUCCAAUGCCUUCGUCAAUGUCCUCUCGGAGUCACCCAGAGUGCUGACACCAUUCAACAAAAUCUACCAGGUCAUCAAAAAUCACCAAGCCCUGCUGGACUGCUCUUCCUUUGGAUCGCCCAUUCCCAAAAUUAAAUGGUUCAAAGACGCUAGCUCCAGUACCCUGGAUGGAGAUCCUUACAUCCUCCACAGCAAUGGCACAUUAGAGAUCCCUGUCGCUCAAGCCCAGAACAGUGGAAAGUACAUCUGUGUAGCCAGCAACUUCAUCAGUAACUCAGAGAAUCAUGUCCACCUGGAGGUCAAAGAACCAACUCGGAUCCUAAAGCAGCCGGAGCACAGAACAGUCCAGAGAGGCAGGUCGGUGGUGUUUGAGUGCACCGUAAAACAUGACCCGUCACUCAUUCCCACCAUGACCUGGCUCAAAGAUGAUGGAGAGCUUCCUGAUGAUGAGAGGUUUAUUGUAGAAUCUGACAGACUCACCAUUACUGAUGUGACGGAAGCGGAUGCAGGGAUGUACACCUGCAUCAUGAACACCACUCUGGACCACGACUCAGCCACCUCUAAGCUAACUGUUGUUGAGGCCAUACCAGAAAAACCCGACCCACCAACUGACCUGGAGUUGACAGACCAGAAGAAAAGAAGCGUUCAGCUCACUUGGACCCCUGGAGAUGAACAUAACAGUCCCAUUCAACAAUUCCUGAUCGAGUACCAAGACUCGCUGCACCAUCGAGGCCACUGGCAUAACCUGACAAGUGUUCCUGGAACCGAAACAACAGCUCAUCUGAAACUUUCCCCCUACGUUCACUACAACUUCAGAGUGUUAGCUCUUAACUCUGUCGGUUACAGCCACCCAAGCCACCCAUCCCGAAUGUACAAGACGGAUCCUGCAGCUCCAGAUGAGAACCCGUCAGAUGUGCAUGGAUUUGGAACAGAGCAUGACAACCUUGUAAUUUCCUGGAAGCCUCUCUCUAGUCUCCAGUCUAAUGGUCCGGGCCUUCACUAUGAAGUAAGCUGGAGGCAGAAGAGACCAGGCAUGGAGUGGACCACAGAGACCGUAGCCAACAAUUCCAAGUACAUUGUAUCUGGAACACCCACAUUUGUUCCAUAUGAAAUAAAAGUUAAGGCUGUCAACAACUACGGGGCAGGACCUGAGCCCACUGUUGUCGUCGGCUUCUCAGGAGAAGACUUGCCCAAAGCAGUUCCAGAAAACGUCCGGGCUGUAGUUAUAAAUAGCACUCUGGCACGAGUACACUGGGAUCCUGUACCUCCCCAUUCAGUACGAGGACAUCUCAAAGGAUACAAGGUAUAUUACUGGAGAGAGCACAGCCUCCACAAACACCACCCUGAUCACACGGAAAAGGACAUCCUGACCUUCAGUGGAAACCACACUCAUGGCAUGCUGCCUGGUCUGCACCCCUUCAGUGCCUACUUUUUUGAGAUAAAGGCGUAUAACAGCAAAGGAGAGGGUCCCCCGAGCCCGAAAGGGCGCUUUAAGACACCAGAGGGAGUGCCUGGCCCUCCCGCCUCUCUGGUUGUUACCAACCAAAGCCAUGAAGCUUUAACCCUUGAAUGGAGUCCUCCUAUUGAACACAACGGACACAUCACUGGUUACACCCUUAAAUAUCAGCCAGUCAAUAACUCCAAUGAACUGGGCCCAGAGGAGGAGAUGGCCCUGCCCGCCAAUGAGACCUCAGUCACUUUGCACAACCUCAAGUACAGCAAACGCUACAAGUUUGUUUUGAAUGCAAAAACAAACAGAGGAGCAGGUCCAACCAUUUCCCAGGAAGCUUUCACCAUCAUGGAUGAAGGCAACACCCAAACCUCUCGCCCUAUUGCACAGUCUCCUCAUCAUCGCCCGAUCCACAAGGCACGGCCUGCGGGUCCUUUUGCAAACGUUAGCUCGUCGCUCGAAGAUGACGGGGCCCUGAUCAGUUGGGAGUACUGGGGCCCAGAGAAAAACGUUUACGUAGAGUACAUAGUAAACAACAGUGAAGGUGAAGAGGAGUGGCAGAAAGAGCUUGUGAAUGGCUCUCAGAACGUUAAGCUGAAAGGGUUAAAGGUCGGCCUCUCCUAUAGGGUGCGAGUUGUGGCCAAGGGUCACCACGACCAGCCACUCCACUCCGAGGAGCUUUUUGUCACGCUCCCAGCUGUGGCUAGCAGACAGGUGGACAUCGCCACUCAAGGAUGGUUUAUUGGCCUCAUGUGCGCCAUCGCCCUGCUCAUCCUUAUUCUUCUCAUCAUCUGUUUCAUUCAGAGGAAUAAAGGAGGAAAAUACCCCGUGAAAGAAAAAGAAGACGCUCACACAGACCCUGAGUUCCAGCCAAUGAAAGACGAUGACUGUACUUUUGUGGAAUACAGUGACAAUGAGGACCACAAACCAUUAAAAGGGAGCCGCACACCUUCUAACGGGACAGUUAAGAGAGACGACAGUGACGACAGUUUAGUUGACUACGGUGAAGGAGGAGAUGGACAGUUCAACGAAGACGGCUCCUUUAUUGGCCAGUAUAGUGGGAAGAGUUCCUGCAGGGACAAUACCGAGGGCCCUGAGAGCUCAGAGGCCCCGUCUCCCAUAAACGCCAUGAACUCCUUGAACUCUUUUGUGUAGCUAUUCAACACUAACACCCCAGCAUGGUGUGCUGCACAAAUUGCCUGCAUCCCCGUCGUUUAGAGAGCUCCCUCCACGCUGCAUGGCUUUAUGAUCAUGCAUCAUAAUAUUUAUAAUUUUACUCGGAAAUCUUUUAAAGAAACAUUUGUAAACCAUUGAUGGACUUCGCAGAAUGUAGAGGGAAAGCUGUUGAUUUUAAAGAAUACAUACAAACAUGUUAUUUCACGAAGGCUGUUAACACUUUGAUAUUAACAAGUGAUGCAUUCACAUGCACAGCACACAGCUUUACUGGAUUAUACCUGUCUAUGUUAUCGGUUAUAACAUUACCUGCUAUGCUGAAAGAGAGUUAAAUGUCUACGACAGAGGCCUGUUACUCCAUUUUUGUCUCUGACAGAAACUGUAAUAGUCACACGUCGGCAUGAACAUAUUUAUACAAUUCCAUUAUGCAUUCACAGCCCACAAGGCAGAUCAUCCACUGUGUACAUGGAAAUGAGUUUGGGGAGCAGCGCUUACACACACACACACACACACACACACACACACACACACACACACACACACACACACACACACACACACACACACACACACACACUCCGCUUUACAUUCCUGCACAGACACGUCUCCAGUUUUUGUUCCUGCAAAAAUAGAAACCGACACGCAACAUUGCACGUCCGUCUUAUGAAUGGUACUUUUCCUUCCCCUGCACGGAAUCGUUUAUUUUUUAGCUCCAUCUGAAGGCCAGAAGGGAAUGCUGAGGGUGCAGUAGUCCGCCACAAUUGCAGCAGUGCUCCUUCAGCAGGCUGUGCCUUUUUUAAAAAAAAAAAAAACAGCAAUUCUGUUUCAAAGACUCUUUUCUUCAAGUUCACCGACUUGAAUGGAGACACUAAUGGGACUGCAGAUGUCAAAUACAAGAACGAAUAAGAUCAAUUGAAGACAUUUUGGAUGGAGAACCAUCUCUGAAUUAUCUGUUAAGUUUUAAACAAUCCCAGUCAGUCCGCUAAAAACAAUUAUUUAAGCUACUUAUGGUGCAUUAGGAAAGUCAUUGAUUGUAUUUCUGCAGGGUGUUGGUCUGCUCACACACACACACACACACACACACACACACACACACACACACACACACACACACACACACACACACACACACACACACACACACACACACACACACGAGUGUGUACCAGACGUUCAGUUUCUAUCCAAGCUGUUACUUUGUACUAACCAACCUUGAGGGCCUUUUGGAUGGGGUCAAGAUUUCCUUGCUUUUUUCUUUAACUUGCAUCAAGUUUUAUUUUUUUAAGAUGUGUAGAAUAUUUGUUGGAUUUGUAAAUAUUUUUAUUGAUUGUACAGGGGCAAGCAUCUAUGGCAGCCAAUGAGUGGCAACUUUGUGCUUGGUUUGGUUUCAGUUGUUUAUAGGACUGUAAGUAAAUGUAGACGCCUGUAGAAAAUAUAUUCAUGAUGGUAAUUGUUUUCUUUUGUGUUGCUGUGCUAAUUGUAUAUUGCUAUGUAACUAACCAGAUGACAAUUUUAUCAUAAUUUAUUAUGUUUUUCUGGUUUAAACAACGCCGUCAUGCACAGACAUAUAUUCUGAUUUUAUAUGAGAUUUUAUUCAUUUCCAGUGUAUGAUUUAACAUUUUAUUUCCUGACAUUACAGCAAAUGAGUUUUUUCCAGGGAACAGAUUUGUAUUAACAGAUACGUUUUUCUCUUUUUCAGUUUUGAGUCAUUUUAGUGAAAGUACGAAAUUUGGGCUGCAGGACGUAUAACAGAAAAAUAAAUGAUAAUCUGCUGUCA